GUCAAAUGGAUGAUGUACUGGAUUAUAUUUGCACUUUUCACCACAGCAGAGACAUUCACCGACAUCUUCCUUUGUUGGUUUCCAUUCUAUUAUGAACUGAAAAUAGCAUUUGUAGCCUGGCUGCUGUCUCCCUACACAAAAGGCUCCAGCCUCCUCUAUAGGAAGUUUGUACAUCCCACGCUGUCUUCAAAAGAAAAGGAAAUCGAUGAUUGCCUGGUCCAAGCAAAAGACCGAAGUUAUGAUGCCCUUGUGCACUUUGGGAAGCGAGGCUUGAACGUGGCGGCCACGGCGGCGGUGAUGGCUGCUUCCAAGGGACAGGGUGCCUUAUCAGAGAGACUCCGGAGCUUCAGCAUGCAGGACCUCUCCACCAUCAGGGGAGACGGCGCCCCUGCUCCCUCAGGCCCCCCGCCACCGGGGCCCGGGCGGGCCAGCGGCAAGCACGGCCAGCCUAAGAUGUCCAGGAGUGCUUCUGAGAGCGCUGGCAGCUCAGUGUGUACCUGCUGCUUCGCCUGCAGGACCCGGAAAGUGGUUGAGGGGGAUGUGAAUGAGGGUGGUGUGAAGGCAUGGGAGCCUCACCAGGUCCAAAACCCAUUGGCGUUUUCCGAUGAGGAGGAGGAAGACCUGCUGGAUUUCAUGUACAAGUAUAAAGCACCUCGAAGGACGGAGUUUUCCGUGGAGGCACCGCCUAGAAUCCUUCGAUCUCGCUUCAGGAAGAAAAGUACCUCAUCCUCGGCCACUGAAACCACGUGAGUGAGAUGAGCCAACAGCACUGGAUCCACAGAAUGUUUCUUCUCUGCCUUAAAGAGCUAUUUAUUCACUAAUAACAUAGAAACCCGCAAGCUGGUGUACUGAGCGUGCAGCCUCGGACGUGGCCUUUCCUCUCUCCCCUGUUCCACUUUUAAGAGUUUCUCUUCCCCCCUCCUUUUCUUUCUUUUGCUGGGGAGAGGCUAAAGGGAAAGGUAGUGUGCCGGGGGGUCAGCAGUUUUCCACAACUGGACCGGCGUACAGACAGCAGUGUUUUAGAAAUAGAAGAGAAUCACCCCCACUGCUGGGAUGCACAUUUGUAAUUUCUUGGUUGCAUACUUCGUUUUUAGUCUUGUAUAUGCAAACAAAGCAAUUUUCUUUUUAACUUUUUUUUGUUCUUGGUACUAGUACUUUGGACUACGAUGUACAUACUUACGGCUUUUGGCUUAAUAUAGUGGACUUGCAAGGGCUGCCAGAGGUUCUGAUGUGUAAGAAAACUGCAAAAGCAGAAGUGUAAAAAAUUAUUUUGAUUCUAGAGAAUGUCUCAGAUGUGCUUAUGAAGCUUCCAAAUACAACUCGAGUACAACAUCCCUUUUCCUGCAGGGCGAUGGUACAUAUUCUUCAGACAGUUAGUCAACAGACCAGAGAAGUUUAGAAUGAAGAGAGGCAACAUUUUAGUGACAGGUGUGAGUGUAACGAAGUCAGGGGAACAGCCUAGAAUAAGAGAAAAGUCACAGGAAGCUUGUCUAUCCCAUGGAUCCAGGAUUAGGAGCUUCUGAAUCCUUACAGGGGAUUUAUCAUUGUCUUAGGCAGGAGCCUCGCCCUUGGUAAAACUUCUCUCGGGCAUGUAGACUUACAGAGCUGUUGUAAGGAAUCAUUUUGAGUGGUUCAAAAGUGCUUGACGAUGACUGUGUCUCCAUAAUAGUACCCAGUGCUGUGACUGAUUUCCCCUGGUAGAGGAGCCUACAAUGGGAGCGCCUUGUUUUAGGAAACACUAAGCGAAAACCAACCCAUCCACCCAAACAAAAGCAACCCUAGAAUCAUGCUUUGUUUCAGAUACGCGGUGAAGUACACCUGAGACACCUGGGUAACAAUCCAAACGCUGGGUUCUAGAAAGGUUUCAGAGGUUGAGAUCUUCAUGGAUGUGACUUGCUCCUCAGCUCAGGGGCAGCUCUGGCUCAUGCCCUCUGUUCCCUUCCUGGCCUGUGCAGAAUGUGAACGAGAGAGAUGUCGCACGCUCGUGGGCACUGAUACUUCAUACAAGCCCGCAUCGCUUAGGAAGAGAACAAAUCACUGUCUGAGGGGACUCCCUGCUUAGAUUGAGAAUUUUAUCUGAAAAGAAGAAUCUGGUUUAAAUAGCAUUUUGGUCUGAGGCAGCUGCUCUCCCCUGGUAGAGCUGAGCCUAAAUGUAGGACUCAUAUACUUACGCUUAGAGUUGGUGUUUCCUUUCAGUGUGAUGCAUGCAGUGGUCACAACCCAGUUACUUAUAAUACUUGGAUUGUGUUUGUUCAUAGAUAGGCCCUGAACACUAGAGAGUGUUAUGUACCACAUAGAACCUACUGUCAAUCAGCUAUAAACAGGCCCAGUUAAAGACUGAGCUACGCAAACAUACAUCAGUCUUUGCUGGUGACACAUUGGCUGGAUCUUAGGCACCAUGGAGAGGGUUUUACUGAAGUUGAUUGUUACCAGAUGUGCAUAUUUAAAUCCCUUUUCCCCACAAUGCCUCUGAAGGUGACUUUGUAAUUUACAAAAGGAUUUAGGAAAAUAAACCUAAAAGCAAAUUUGUGGUUCAGAGGGCAAACAGAGGCUGUCUGUUCAUUGUCUGUGCCCCAUACCCACCAAUACCUAAACCCCUUAGGGAAGACAGAAAACCUGUUUUCUUCAAGCUCACUGAAUAGUUUCAGACAGAGGAAAAAUAUAUGCUUUAAAAUGUAUUUACCUGUC